AUGAGGUCUUGCUAUUCUCACAAAGGGGUUAGCCCGGGCAAGCAUCCCCUCCGAUCCGUUGGAAGCGAUAAAAUAGGAAAGGAAGAUGUUCAGUCGGUUAAUAAUGGACUGUACGCGGACUGCACCCUUUGCGGCAUAAAUCACAAAGAUCCUCACAAGCAGGCACUCUAUCCCCUACGCGAAGACCAGCAUCGAGUGAACAAGGUAGGUUAG